GCUGCGCGCUCCGUGUUUUAUCCCACCCAGGCCUGGAAGGAAGUGACGCGAGGCUGAGGGGCGGGUUGCGCUGUGCGUCCGGAAGUGUCUCGCAGAUAGUAAAUAAUCUCGGAAAGGCGAGAAAGACGCUGUCUCCAUCUUGUCUGUAUCCGCUGCUCUUGUGACGUUGUGGAGAUGGGGAGCGUCCUGGGGCUGUGCUCCAUGGCGAGCUGGAUACCAUGUUUGUGUGGAAGUGCCCCGUGUUUGCUAUGCCGAUGCUGUCCUAGUGGAAACAACUCCACUGUAACUAGAUUGAUCUAUGCACUUUUCUUGCUUGUUGGAGUAUGUGUAGCUUGUGUAAUGUUGAUACCAGGAAUGGAAGAACAACUGAAUAAGAUUCCUGGAUUUUGUGAGAAUGAGAAAGGUGUUGUCCCUUGUAACAUUUUGGUUGGCUAUAAAGCUGUAUAUCGUUUGUGCUUUGGUUUGGCUAUGUUCUAUCUUCUUCUCUCUUUACUAAUGAUCAAAGUGAAGAGUAGCAGUGAUCCUAGAGCUGCAGUGCACAAUGGAUUUUGGUUCUUUAAAUUUGCUGCAGCAAUUGCAAUUAUUAUUGGGGCAUUCUUCAUUCCAGAAGGAACUUUUACAACUGUGUGGUUUUAUGUAGGCAUGGCAGGUGCCUUUUGUUUCAUCCUCAUACAACUAGUCUUACUUAUUGAUUUUGCACAUUCAUGGAAUGAAUCGUGGGUUGAAAAAAUGGAAGAAGGGAACUCAAGAUGUUGGUAUGCAGCCUUGUUAUCAGCUACAGCUCUGAAUUAUCUGCUGUCUUUAGUUGCUAUCGUCCUGUUCUUUGUCUACUACACUCAUCCAGCCAGUUGUUCAGAAAACAAGGCGUUCAUCAGCGUCAACAUGCUCCUCUGCGUUGGUGCUUCUGUAAUGUCUAUACUGCCAAAAAUCCAAGAAUCACAACCAAGAUCUGGUUUGUUACAGUCUUCAGUAAUUACAGUCUACACAAUGUAUUUGACAUGGUCAGCUAUGACUAAUGAACCAGAAACAAAUUGCAACCCAAGUCUACUAAGCAUAAUUGGCUACAAUACAACAAGCACUGUCCCAAAGGAAGGGCAGUCAGUCCAGUGGUGGCAUGCUCAAGGAAUUAUAGGACUAAUUCUCUUUUUGUUGUGUGUAUUUUAUUCCAGCAUCCGUACUUCAAACAAUAGUCAGGUUAAUAAACUGACUCUAACAAGUGAUGAAUCUACAUUAAUAGAAGAUGGUGGAGCUAGAAGUGAUGGAUCACUGGAGGAUGGUGACGAUGUUCACCGAGCUGUAGAUAAUGAAAGGGAUGGUGUCACUUACAGUUAUUCCUUCUUUCACUUCAUGCUUUUCCUGGCUUCACUUUAUAUCAUGAUGACCCUUACCAACUGGUACAGGUAUGAACCCUCUCGUGAGAUGAAAAGUCAAUGGACAGCUGUCUGGGUGAAAAUCUCUUCCAGUUGGAUUGGCAUCGUGCUGUAUGUUUGGACACUCGUGGCACCACUUGUUCUUACAAAUCGUGAUUUUGACUGAGUGAGACUUCUAGCAUGAAAGUCCCACUUUGAUUAUUGCUUAUUUGAAAACAGUAUUCCCAACUUUUGUAAAGUUGUGUAUGUUUUUGCUUCCCAUGUAACUUCUCCAGUGUUCUGGCAUGAAUUAGAUUUUACUGCUUGUCAUUUUAUUUGUUAUUUUCUUACCAAGUGCAUUCAUAUGUGAAGUAGAAUGAAUUGCAGAGGAAAGUUUUAUGAAUAUGGUGAUGAGUUAGUAAAAGUGGCCAUUAUUGGGCUUAUUCUCUGCUCUAUAGUUGUGAAAUGAAGAGUAAAAACAAAAUUGACUAUUUUAAAAUUAUAUUAGACCUUAAGCUGUUUUAGGAAGCAUUAAAGCAAAUGUAUGGCUGCCUUUUGAAAUAUUUGAUGUGUUGCCUGGCAGGAUACUGCAAAGAACAUGGUUUAUUUUAAAAUUUAUAAACAAGUCACUUAAAUGCCAGUUGUCUGAAAAAUCUUAUAAGGUUUUACCCUUGAUAUGGAACUUACACAGGUAGGGAAUGUUCAGUGGACAAUAGUGUAGGUUAUGGAUGGAGGUGUGGGUACUAAAUUGAAUAACGAGUAAAUAAUCUUACUUGGGUAGAGACGGCCUUUGCCAACAAAGUGAACUGUUUUGGUUGUUUUAAACUCAUGAAGUAUGGGUUCAGUGGAGAUGUUUGGAACUCUGAAGGAUUUAGACAAGGUUUUGAAAAGGAUAAUCAUGGGUUAGAAGGAAGUGUUUGAAAGUCACUUUCAAAGUUAGUUUUGGGCCAGCACGGUAGCUCACCCUUGUAAUCCCAGCACUUUGGGAGGCUGAGGUGGGUAGAUUACUUGAGCCCAGGAAUUCAAGACCAGCCUGGGCAACAUGGUGAAACCCUGUUUCUGUAAAAAAUAAUCUGGGCUUUGUAGUAUAUGCCUGUGGUCCCAGCUACUGAGGAGGCUGAGGUGGGAGGAUUGCUUGAGCCCAGGAGGCAGAGGUUGCAGUGAGCCAAGGUCACGCCACUGCACUCCAGCCUGGGCAACAGAGUGAGACAAAGAAAAAAUACAUACAUUGAAAAUCAAAGGAGGCAAAAUUUUGACAGGGAAGGAAGUAACUGCAAAACACUAGGCUUUAGUAGGUACUUAUAUAAAAUCUAGUCCAGUUCUCUCACUUAAAAAAAUGAAGACACUGAAGUACAGACUUAAAUAGCUCAGAUAGCUAAUUAGGAAAUUUCAAGUUGGCCAAUAAUAGCAUUCUCUCUGACAUUUAAAAAUAAUUUCUAUUCAAAAUACAUGCAUAAUUGAUUUUACACCUCAUUACUGGUGGAUAAUUUAUGUGAUGUGGAUUGCUGGUGUCCAGCAUGACCCAUAAACAGGUCAGAAGAAUGAUGGAAUGUUUUAGAAUAAAAUCCUGCUUAUAGUAUACUACACAGUUCAAAAGAUGUUUAAAAUGCUUUUGUAUUUACUGCCAUGUAAUUGAAAUAUAUAGAUUAUUGUAACCUUUCAACCUGAAAAUCAAGCAGUAUGACAGUUUAGUUAUUUGUAUGUGUCACUAGUGUCUAAUGAAGCUUUUAAAAUCUACAUUUUCUUCUUUAAAAAUAUUUAUUAAUGUGAAUGGAAUAUAACAAUUCAGCUUAAUUCCCCAACCUUAUUCUGUGUGUAGACAUUGUAUUCCACAAUUUUGAAUGGCUGUGUUUUACCUCUAAAUAAAUGAAUUCAGAGAAA